ACGCACUCUAACAACCGAACCAUCCAAAAAUAUGAGCCUUAUAAUUUAAAAUGUAUUUCUAAAAUGAAAAUCCACGAGAUUAACGCGAUUGUCUUUCAAUUCGUGCCAUAAAAAUACCGAUUAUUCGCGAUUGCUUGAGCGGCACUCGCGCCUUUUAUUUUCUUAAUCGCGUUGAGUUGGCAGCACGCAUUUGUGUUUUUUUUUGGCUAUUCAAAAGUGUGUUCGUUCGGGUAAAAAGUGUUUUAAAACCGAAAUAUUUAGCGAAACAGGCUGCUGAUAAAAGAAGCAACUGCACCCAGCGCUUCUGAAUUUCAGCUUUUUGCUCGCCCAGUGAGAAUGCCCGUCGCAGAAGCCCACAAAGGCCGGGGCAGGAAGGCAGCAGCUUCCGCUUCUGCAUCCGCAUCCGCCGCCGCAGCCCGGAGGCACUCGGCUCUCAGCGAGGAUGAGGACAGCAACAUCCAGCCGAUGGAACAGGACGACGAGAGCAACCGCGACGACCACGAUCCCGACCUCGACGAGGGCGAGGAGGAGGAGGAGCACCUCGACGAGGAGGAGGCCGAGGAGGAAGAGGAGCCGGACAGCAACGAGACCAGCGAGCCCGAGGAGCAGGUAGAUCCGCCGGCCUUCAGCCUGGCCACGCUGGGACUGCAGCGCGUGGGCAGCGCCCCGCCGCCAAAGCCCAAGGUGCAGAAGGCCCCAAUCCUGACCCUGAACGCCCGUGGAAUGCCGGCCCGCAUACGCAAGCGCAACCGGCUCUUCUACGACGAGAACAUCAUCAACGACGACAAGCCGCUGCGCAUGAGCCUGGCGCCCAAGAAGAUGCCCGGCAGGCCGCCGCUCUCCGCCGGGGCAGGCUCCGCCUCCCAGAAGACUCCGAUCACGCCGUCCAAGGUGCUGAAGAAGCGCAAGGGCGUGGUCUCGCGCUACAUGCGCUCCAGCGAGCAGGGCUCCAGCUCGAACUCCAACUCCAACUCGGCCGGCAGCCAUUCGCAGCAGCAGGUGCAAGUGGGCAAGCACAAGAAGACACCGUCGAAGUCGCAGGCGGUGGGAAAGCUCUCCGCGGGCAGCAAGAUGGCCGCCGGCGGAUUCAAGUCGGGCCGCGGCGCCCACCUGGUGGGCAAGGGAGCGGCUGCGGCGGCGGCGGCAGCAGCGGCCGCCGAGGAGGAGGCCAUCCAAGCAGAGGCCACCGCGCUGGCCAACAAGCGGCUGGGCCAGUCCAUCGGGCUCCGGCUGCGCAACCUCCUGAAGCUGCCCAAGGCGCACAAGUGGGCCAUCGCCGAGUGGUUCUACUCGUACAUCGACAGGCCGCUCUUCGACUGCCGCGACGAGUUCAUGAACCACGUGAACGAGCGCCCCCGGCUGGGCACCCGGAGCCUCAACCGCCACGAGUGGGUGAACAUCAGGCGGCGGAUGGGCAGGCCGCGCCGCUGCUCCGCCAACUUUUUCAGCGAGGAGCGCAGGGAGCUGGACAGGAAGCGGCAGCUGAUACGCACCCUGCAGUCGCGCAAGCCCGGCGAGUUCAAGGACUCCAUGCUGCUGUCGGACAUGCCGGAGAAGAUACCGAUGCCGCUGCCGCUGGGCACCAAGGUCACGGCCAGACUGAGAACGCCCCAGGACGGGAUCUUCGCCGGCACAGUGGCUGCCUACGACUCCAUGAACUCCAUGUACCGGGUGACCUUCGAGCGACACGGCCUGGGCACCCACGCCAUCCCGGACUACGAGAUCGUGUCCGAGAACUUCCACGAGAUGCUGCCGCUGCACAGCUUCACGAAGGACUUCCGGCCGAACCUGAUGAGCAUCUACCAGACGAACAGCAUGGGCUUCACCACCAACCUGGGCUUCACGGCCAACCUCACCAGCAACUACUUGCAGAAGAAGGAGAAGGGUGCGACCGGUGGCGGCGGCGGCAGCGGCGGGGGAGCCGUGGCGAACUACUCGAGGUCGCCGCAGAAGCACCUGGCCAGCAACAACGCGGCCGCGCGCAACGCACUCAGCAUGAAGCUGAACAAGAGCGACCCCCUGCUGGGGCAGGACUGCGUGGGCGAGAGCCCCAUUCGGCAGCAGCUGGCGAGGCACCACGCCUACUCCAGCUCGCUGCUGGAGCACCUGGUGCACCUGCAGAAGCACAUCGCGGUGAAGGCCGACCGCAUCCAGCGCCUGAACAAGAUGAACGCCACCGCCGAGCUGGCCAUGGGCGAGAUGAUCAGCCAGGACGAGAACGGGGACCGCCAUCGGCGCCAGAUCGCCGACAACUUCCAGCGGCAGUACGCCUUCAACAUUGUGUCCAUCGAGCGCAUCAACGGCGAGCUCAUGUUCGAGCUGACCAAGGUGCAGGAGAUGUCCACCAGCCUGACGCGCAACCCCAACGUGCAGGCCAUGAUCUCGCCGACCUACCUGCGCGAGGAGUGCCGCGCCAAGGCCUCGCAGACGGUGGACGACAUCAACAAGGGCCUGGUGAAGAAUCCGCGCAUGAUUCGUCUGCUCAAGAACCUCACCACCCUGCUGAUCGUGACCCAGAACCUCGGCGGCGACUGCGACGUGGGCGAGGUGAACAAGGUGCUCGAGGGCUGCCUCGAGGAGGUGCGCAGCAACCUGUUCUGCGGCGACAACAGCGAGGUGUUCCAGAAGAGCGUCCAAGUGCGCCUCGAGUACAUUGCCAUGGACAUCAGCCGAAGCCUGGAGGAGCGCAGCCAGAGUCGCGUGGCGGAUGGUGCAAAGUCAGCGGUAAAAUCCGAGGACCAAGACAACAACGACAGGGAGGAGAUGGACGAGCAGGAGGGCGCCACAGACAGCCCCAAGGCGAAAACGAAAGGAAGACCGGAGCAGGCCGAGAAGAAGAACCAGGCCGGAGCGGGCAAGAAAGACCAGGACACGGAGGAGGAGGACAAGUUGGACUCCGACGAGUCGGACAACGCAGAGCACUUGAACCCGCUGCAGCAAGACGACACGGAGGAGCAGCACCUGGACCCCGAGGAGGAGUCGCCCAAUCCGUCAGCCACCGAGGACACGCAGAUCACCAUUGAGUCCAUGAAGGAGUCCGACGAUGAGUUCCACUCGACCGCCGAAACGGAGGAGGACGACCUCGAGCAGCUGAAAAUGGAGGAGGACGAGGGCGAGGAGUUCGUCUACGAGAAAUAGCCUGCACAGGACCGACCAAGCUGCAUCUAUUCGCUAGUCGAAUACCAACCAUUUUUAACAACGGCCUCCUGGACCUUAGUUUAAACCCAAGAGUAGGAGUAAAGUUUCGAAGAAGGUGUUGCAAUAAAGCUGUAACAAAGUAA